AUGGGCGAACAAACCCCGGCACAGUCUCAACCACAGGCUCAAUCUCAGCCCUCUAACGACUCUUCCUCCGCCCAAACGCAAGCUCAAACCCAAACUCAAAAUCCGAAUAAUACCUCCAUCGCCGCCGUUACCACCGUCACCUCCGCGGUCGUAGCCCCUGCUCCAACGGAACUCUCCAACGUUCCUCCCCCAACCUCGUCCCCUGCUUCGAAAAUCCCUUUGCGUCCUAGAAAGAUCCGGAAGCUCUCCCCAGACCCGAACUCUGACCCUAAUGCCUCCCAACAAGCAACGACUCCCUCAACAUCCGUAACGGAACCGCCUAAAACCGUCGCCAAAACUCCCAAAACAAAACUCACUCAACAUCGAGCCCUAGCGGUGGUUCCAAGAAUCGUGGCCCGGUCCCUCUCUUGCGAAGGUGAGGUCGAAAACGCCAUCCGCCACCUCCGCAACGCCGAUCCCCUUCUCGCUUCCUUAAUCGAUCUCCAUCCACCUCCAACCUUUGAUACUUUCCAAACCCCUUUCCUCGCUCUCACUCGAAGCAUUCUCUACCAACAGCUGGCUUUCAAAGCCGGCACUUCCAUCUACAGUCGCUUCAUCGCUCUCUGCGGGGGCGAAAACGGUGUCGCUCCCGAAACUGUUCUUUCCUUAACCCCUCAACAGCUCCGACAAAUUGGUGUCUCGGGACGAAAAGCGAGUUACCUUCAUGAUCUCGCGAGAAAAUACCAGACGGGGAUAUUAUCGGAUCCGGCGAUUGUAAAUAUGGAUGACAAAUCACUUUUUACCAUGCUUACAAUGGUAAAUGGGAUCGGUUCUUGGUCGGUUCAUAUGUUUAUGAUUUUCUCGCUUCAUAGACCCGAUGUUUUGCCGAUUAAUGAUCUCGGGGUUCGGAAAGGGGUUCAAUUGCUCUACAAUUUGGAGGAGUUGCCGAGGCCUUCGCAGAUGGAUCAGUUGUGUGAGAAGUGGAGGCCGUACAGGUCAGUUGCUUCAUGGUAUCUUUGGAGGUUUGUGGAGGCCAAAGGAGCGCCUUCUAGUGCUACCGUGGUUGCUGCUGGUGCUAGUCUUCCUCCGCCUCAGCAGGAGGAGCAGCAACAACAUCAACAGCAACCCCAGCUUCUCGACCCCAUUAAUAGCAUUCUCAACCUUGGGAGCUGGGUUGAUGGGUUGAUGCCAAUUAGGAGACAUAUGACAUUAUCUAUUUUAACGGCUUACCUGAUUGAUAGUGACUAA